CAAGAUGUUACAGGUACCACUGCCCCUGGAUCGAGAUGGGAUCCUCUUCCGGCUACGUUUUACCACACUGGCCAUUGGGACUGUGUUUUGCCCGCUCUUUGGCUUCCUUUUCUGUGUGAUCUGGUCUCUGCUGUUCCAUUUCCAGGAGACGACAGCGACCCAUUGCGGGGUCCCUAACUACCUCCCCUCCAUCAGCGCCGCCAUCGGAGGCGAGACCCCCCAGCGUUACGUCUGGCGCCUCUGCAUUGGCCUCCACUCAGCUCCCCGCUUCCUGGUGGCAGUCGCCUACUGGAACCACUACCAGAGCUGCCACUGCUCGCACCCUCGCUACCUGCGCUUGUGCCACUUCAACCUGCUGCUCAACCUGCUCGAAAACUUUGCCCUUCUUAUUCUGACGUAUGUGUCCUCAUCUGAAAACUAUGCAAUCCAUGAAAAUGCCUUCAUCGUCUUCAUCACAUCAGCCCUGGGCCACAUGCUCCUGACGUGCAUUCUCUGGAGAAUGACUAAGAAACACACAGUAAGUCCCGAGGUACAGAAACUUUUCAUUCUUCUCUCUGUAUGA